GAAGACAGGUUUGGGCGGACACCAUGAAGACGUGAUGAACAAAGAACUGACGAAUGACUUCUGUUAUUCUAGAGACCAAUUGCAAUGUGAGACAAGUUUUCUUCUAAAAUAUCUACAGAAACUAUGGAUCCCCACCUCAGUGCCCAGGAUGUGAUCAGAUGUGACCUUUGUGAGACAGCUAUAGUACAGAUGUACUGUGAUUUCUGUCAUGUCAAACUCUGUAAACCCUGUAUUGGAGAACACAUUUCUGAUGAAUAUGACAAACAUAAAAUUGUCCCUUUCCAACAAAGAAAAUCCACCUUGAUUUAUCCAAAGUGUUCAACACAUCCAAACAAAUCAUGUGAUUUACAAUGCAGGGAAUGUAACUUUCCUGUUUGCUCCUUAUGCUCUGCAUCAGAACAGCAUAAAGGUCACAAUUUCUUAGUCCUCACAGAAAUAUACGACUCAAAGAAAAAUGAUAUUGCAAAAGAUACAGAAGAAUUAAAAAACAUUAUUUAUCCUAAAUACAAAGAAAUCACAAAAGAUCUAGAAACACAGAUGGCUAACUUGGAUGGAGAAUAUGAGAAACUUACAACAGCCGUGACAGAACAUGGAAAACAAUGGCACAAAGAAAUUGACAAUAUCAUCAAUGCUAUGAAAAAAGAAAUUGAUGAUUUUAAAGUAAAACACUUUGACAUUAUGAAGAAACAUACAGAAGAAGUUAAACAAAUACAGGCUCUUAUUGAACAAACUCUGCUCAACCUGAAAGAAAUAGAAGAAUCAAAUGAAGUGUCCAUGACCAUGGAAUACAGCUCCAGAAACAAGGAAUUCAGCAAACUUCCUUCAAAAGUAUCACUGCCCAUUUUUAAUGCUAAACAAGUAGACAGAGAACAGCUCUACAAGUUGUUUGGAUCUCUUACACCAUUAUCUACUACAUCAGAAGAAAAUGACUACAAACUUAAGAAACCAGAAACAUCAACCAGAGAACUGCUGGAAGAACCAGAACUUAUCACUUCUAUAGAAACUGGGUAUAAAAAACUCCACAAUAUUACCUGUAUCAAUGAAGAAGAAAUCUGGACAAGUGGAAGAGUCAGAGAUAUGAAAUGCUUUAAUAUACAAGGCUCACUUCUCAAAACAAUUAGAAAAAAAUUAGGGGAAUGGCCAAAUGAUAUAGCAGUGACAGGUGAUGGAGAUCUAGUGUACUGUGAUGGGAAGAAAGGGACUAUUAAUAAGGUUACGAAUGGGCAGACAAAGAAGAUGAUCAGACUACCGGACUGGACACCCAACAAUCUCUGUGUCUUGUCCUCUGGUGAUCUCCUGGUCACCAUGUUCAGUGAUGAUGAUACACAAGCCAAGGUUGUCCGCUACUCGGGCUCCACAGAGAAACAAUCAAUCCAGUUUGAUGAGGAGGGUAAACCUCUGUAUUCAGCAAAUGACAAAGCUAAGUACAUCAGUGAGAACAGAAACCUGGAUAUCUGUGUGGCUGACAGUGAAGCUGGUGCUGUUGUAGUUGUCAACCAAAGUGGAAGACUCCGAUUUAGAUACACUGGUCAUCUUCCUACUAUAAAGAAGGAACCAUUUGAACCUUUGGGCAUCACAACAGACAGCCAGAGUCAGAUCCUGACAGCAGAUGAUUAUAACCACUGUAUCCACAUCCUUGACCAAGAUGGACAGUUCCUUCGUUAUAUAGAUAACUGUGAUCUGCAGCAUCCAUUUGGUUUAUGUGUGAAUGAAAAUUAUUUGUUUGUUGCUGAAUGGGAAGGAAAGUUGAAAAAAAUUAAAUACCUUAAAUAGAGAUGUAGUAAAUAUAUUUUGUAUAUGCUUCUGAAAGGUGGUCAUAAUGGGUCUAUUCUUUAUAUAAAUUUGAAAUAUUUCAUUUUGUGAGAUAACAUUUCAUUGCAAAGAAUAUUUUUUUCUUCAAGUUUUCAGAAGAUGAUAUGUGGAAAAUGUAGACUAAAUAAACAUGAUAAAUUUCAAAUUAUUUUCAGAAAAUUUGAUGAAAUUUUUAUGAAAGGAUGCCACAUUGUUAUAAUAAGGAUACAAUAUUAGAUAUACAUGUACAUUGAGAUCAUGAUAUGCUGGUUUUCAUUUGAAUUGAAUGGAAUUAAUUGUCAGUUCUUAUUUAAAAUAAUUUCUUCUUAAGUUUAUAGGUUCAAGACAUUGUAAAAAGAUGCUGUAUAUUAUGCUUUUAGUGCGUAUGUUUGUAUUUUUUGUUAUAUUUAAAACAAUUCUUUAAACGUUCUACAUUUAGUGGUGUAUUAUAUUUAGCGAUUUUGGUGGAAAAAGAGUCCGCUAAUUCAAGCUCAUUGCUAGUGCCUUAAAUUGUAUAUUAACAUUUAUAGCUACCUUUAGCACAUUCAUUAGCAUUAAAUCAAAUCUACGCUUACUUGUUGAAUAUUGAAUUUCCGUCAAAUAUCGUAGUUGCCAAAUGUAAUACAAUUUCAGUUUUAUCAUAA